GCGAGCGAGCAAGCGCCACGGCACACACACACACGCACACACACUUUCUGCCCCACACGAUCUCGCCAUGCGCGACGCCGGAGUCGGCUCGAGAAAUGCCGUCUGGCUCUGCGGGAUGGGUCCGGUCCAGAUUCUCCCAACCCUGUGUCCAGGCCCCUCCCCCGACCAUGAGAGCGGCAAAAUUGUCGGGAAUUCGGCAGGACGCCUCCGUCGAGGACGACGACGAGGCGGCGAGGCGACUCUCACUCUCACUCUCUCUCGCUCUACCCCUUGAACCAAACCCCAAUGUCGUCCUGUAUAAAAUCACGGCCAUGCGUCUGCUGAAAUCCGGGGAACCCAUAGCGUGCAGAUCGCAAGCCCACUCGCCUUGGAGCUCCUGCCCUUCUCCUGGAUCCCCGAUACAAUAAGCCUGCCUGCCUGCCUGCCUGCCUGCCUGCGCUCCCCGUCAUGGACACCACCGCCGCCGCCCAAGGCAAGCAAGGGUCCGUCGGCUCGGACCAUGUCGAGAGACCGGUUGACGACGCCGUCGAUGUGCUCGUGCACCAGCGAGGCGUCGCCGCCCUCGAAGUGGUGCAGCGGCUGGAGCCCAUCAAGAAGAGCAGCAAGCGCAUGAUACAGCUGUACAUCAUCUGCGGCUUCAUGUUCCUCGGCUCGACCAUGGGCGGCUUCGACGGCGCCCUCAUGGGCAACAUGCUCGCUAUGCCCUCGUUCCAGCACCAGUUUGGGGCCGGCAUCGUCGGCGUCAAGACGGCCUACAUCUCCAGCAUGUACUCCAUCGGCUCCGUCUGCGCCCUGCCGUUUGUCGGCCCGGCCACCGAUACGUGGGGCCGCCGCGUGGGCAUCGUCUUCGGCUGCGUCUUCGUCGCCAUGGGCGUCGUCAUCCAGGUGACGUCGCACGCCCUGCCGCAGUACCUGGCCGGCCGCUUCUUCCUCGGCUUCGGCGCCUGCAUCGCCAACGUCGCCUGCCCGUCGUACGUGGUCGAGUUUGCUCACCCGGCCUACCGCGGCGUCAUCACCGGCCUCUACAACUGCGGAUACUACCUCGGCGCCGUGCUGGCCGCCGCCGUCCUACGCGGCUGCGCCGGCCUCACGGGCAACGCCUCGUGGCUGAUCCCGACGUACCUCCAGCUGGCCUUCCCCGCCCUGCUGGUCCCGGCGUGCUUCUUCUCGCCCGAGUCGCCGCGCUGGCUGUACGUGCACGGCCGCCCGGCCCAGUGCCGCGACAUCCUCGUCAAGUACCACGGCAACGACAACCCCGACUCGCUGUACGUGCAGCUGCAGCUGCGCGAGUUCGAGGACGAGCUGGAGCUCGACGGCGCCGACAAGCGCUGGUGGGACUACCGCUGCCUCUUCAACUCGCGCGCCGCCGUGUACCGCGCCAUCCUCUGCGCCGUGGCCGUCUCCGCCUUCAGCCAGUGGACCGGCCAGGGCGGCGUCUCCUACUUCCUGCCGGGCCUGCUGCAGACGACGGGCAUCACAGACGCGACGACGGUGCUGGAUAUCAACCUGGGCAUCACCAUCGCGGGCGGUGUCGCCUCGUGCACGGGCGCCACCCUCAUGGACCGCUUCGGCCGCCGCAAGAUGCUCAUUACGUGCUGCAUUGGCCUGGCCCUGCUCUGGGGCGGCAUGAUCGGUGGCACGGGCGCCUUCACCACCUCGGGCAACACGGCGGCGGCAAACGCGUCCAUUGCAUUCAUCUUCCUCAUCAACAUCGUCUUCUCGUGCGCCUACACGCCCCUGCAGGCGCUGUACCCGGUCGAGGUGCUGUCGUUUGAGCAGCGCGCCAAGGGCAUGGCGCUGCAGAACAUUGCCGGCAACGCGGCCGGCCUGGUGAACCAGUUCGCCCUGCCCAUCGCCCUCGAGAAGAUUGCCUGGAAGACGUACUUUAUCUACCUGGCCACGUGCUCCCUCGAGGCUGUCUACUACUUCUUCCUCAUGGUCGAGACCAAGGGCCACACGCUCGAGGAGCUCAACGAGAUCUUCAAGGCGCCGAACCCGCGCAACGCGUCCCUGGCCAAGGAGAGGACGGAGGAGACGGUGGCCCAAGUGAGCGAGCUCAAGGGCGGCGAUUUGUGAUGUAACAAAAUAGAGCGGAUAGGAAAGCAACAGCCACC